AUGACGGCCCAGGAAAUUGUCCAACGUCAAACAAAGCUCGUUGCGGCGUUUCAGAAUCAGCAGCGUCUGGACAGUGGAAAGGAUCAUGAUGAGUUCUUGCUCAUCGUUAAGACGGCCAUCGAUGCGCUUGAACAAGAAGAGGCCGAGGAACAGAAACACGCUGCUGUGACUCCGUUAGGGGACCGCUCCAACGUCGAGCCCGACACACCAUCAAAAACCGAGAAAUUUUGCAGCACUGUAGAAAUUAAGAAACGAAAGCUCGAUAGCGUUGAUGGGGAGGAGAAAGCGGACCAGAAGCGUGCGAAGGCCCGCCGCGAGUCAAAUGAAAAUGACCCUGAACAAGGUCUUUGA